AUAUAUAUAUAUAUAUAUAGUCGGCGACGACUCAGCUUCAGACUGUGAAAGUACAAUAGUAAUACCACCAAAGCUGUUAAUGAUCAGAUGGACCAUGAAGCUUUUGAGCCUUUCAAAUUCCCUCCACAAAAAUCAUCACCAACGACUUUACCUAACUUUUAAAAGCCCCUCUUUUCUCAAAACUCAUUUUAAAUUCAUCCAAACCUCCUCUUUAUUCAUUGAUGCUCCGCAAACCAACACCCUAUUAUGCUCAGCCCACGGCAGUAAUUUUAAUUUUAAGCUCACGCCCACUUCGAUACCUUACUCUAAACUGUUAUCACAAUGUAUUAUUUCGAAGUCUUUAACUCCGGCCUUGGAAAUCCAUGCCCGUCUAAUCAGAUUUGGAUUGGCUAAUGACCCGAAGCAUAUAAAUUAUUUGAUUAAUUUGUAUGCAAAAUGUCAGGUUUUUGGUUAUGCGUGUAAACUGGUUGAUAGAAGUCCUGAACCAGAUUUGGUUUCUUGGUCUGCUUUGAUAUCUGGGUAUGCUCAAAAUGGACUUGGUGAAGAAGCAAUUUUGGCUUUCCAAGAGAUGCAUUUGUUGGGCCUCAAGUGUAACGAGUUCGCUUUUCCUAGUGUGCUUAAGGCCUGUACUAUAAAGAAGGACCUGAAUGUAGGGCUGCAGGUUCAUGGGGUUGUGGUUGUUACAGGUUUUGAGUUUGAUGAGUAUGUUGCAAAUAGUUUGGUUGUUAUGUAUGCUAAAUGUGGGGACUUUGUAGAUUCGAGAAGACUUUUUUAUACAAUACCGGAACCAAGUGUUGUCUCGUGGAAUGGGUUGUUUUCUUGUUAUGUGCAGGGUGAUUUUUAUAAAGAAGCAGUUGACCUGUUUCGAGAAAUGGUUUUUAGUGGAACAAGACCUAAUGAGUUUAGUAUGUCAGGUAUGGUAAAUGCUUGCGCCAGUUUGAGAGAUAGUGGAAAGGGGAGGAAAAUUCAUGGGUUCUUGAUAAAGCUUGGCUAUGAUUCAGAUCCAUUCUCAGCAAACGCACUUGUUGACAUGUAUGCAAAAGUAGGGAUUCUUGAGGAUGCUGUUACUGCUUUUGGGGAAAUUUCACAUCCUGAUAUUGUUUCUUGGAACGCUGUGAUUGCUGGUUGCGUUCUUCAUGAAUACCAUGAUUGGGCCAUAAAAUUGUUUCAGCGAAUGAAAAUUUCUGGAAAAUAUCCAAACAUGUUUACUUUAUCGAGUGUACUUAAAGCCUGUGCUGGACUUGGGGUCAAGGAAUUGAGUAGACAGUUGCACUGUAGCUUGAUAAAGAUGGAUGUAAAAUCUGAUUCUUUUGUGGGUGUUGGACUUGUGGACAUGUAUGCCAAGUGUGAAUUAAUGGAUGAUGCAAGACUGGCUUUCGAUUUGAUGUCAGAGAAGGACUUAAUUGCUUGGAAUGCUGUGAUCUCCGGACAUUCACAAAAUGGUGAAGACAUAGAAGCUGUGUCACUUUUUCCUUUGAUGUACAAGGAGGGAGUCGGCUUCAAUGAGACAACCUUAUCUACAGUCCUUAAAUCCGCUGCUAGUUUCCAGGGGAUCGAUGUUUGUAGACAAGUUCAUGCACUCUCUGUGAACUCCGGGUUUGUAUCUGACAAUUACGUCGUAAACAGCCUUACUGAUACGUAUGGAAAAUGUGGUCAAAUAAAAGAUGCUGGAAAAAUAUUUAGAGAAUCCGUAGUUGCAGAUUUAGUGGCUUUCACAUCAAUGAUCUCAGCUUAUGCUCAAUAUGGACAAGGUGAAGAGGCUCUAAAGCUCUAUUUGGAAAUGCUAGAUAGGGAGAUCAAGCCAGAUUCCUUUGUUUGCAGUUCUGUCCUAAAUGCAUGUGCAAAUCUUUCAGCAUAUGAACAAGGGAAGCAAGUACAUGUUCACAUCAUCAAAUAUGGAUUCAUGUCAGACAUUUUUGCUGGAAACUCUCUAGUUAACAUGUAUUCCAAAUGUGGGAGCAUUGAUGAUGCAGACUCUGCUUUCAUUGAGAUACCUGUGAGAGGAAUAGUCUCAUGGUCUGCAAUGAUUGGAGGUCUUGCUCAACACGGGCAUGGACAAGAGGCUUUGCAAGUGUUUGAUCAGAUGCUUAAGGCCGGUAUACCCCCCAAUCACAUUACUUUAGUUAGUGUCCUGUGUGCAUGCAAUCAUGCAGGUUUGGUAACUGAAGCUAAACAGUAUUUUGAAUCAAUGGAGAAGCUGUUUGGGAUUACCCCUACACAAGAGCAUUACGCUUGCAUGAUUGAUCUGCUUGGCCGGGCAGGGAAAUUAAAUGAAGCAAUGGAGAUUGUAAAAACGAUGCCAUUUCAAGCAAAUACCUCAGUUUGGGGAGCACUGCUCGGUGCUGCAAGAAUCCACAAGAAUGUUGAACUAGGCCAACGUGCUGCUGAGAUGCUUUUUGCUCUAGAACCUGAGAAAUCGGGCACCCACAUUCUUCUCGCAAACAUUUAUGCAUCAGCUGGCAUGUGGGAAAAUGUAGCAAAGGUUAGAAGACUAAUGAAAGACAGUAAGGUGAAGAAGGAGCCUGGGAUUAGUUGGAUUGAAGUGAAAGACAAGAUACACACCUUCAUAGUAGGAGACAGAAGUCAUACUAGAAGCAAGGAAAUCUAUGCAAAGCUUGAUGAGCUAAGUGACCUCUUAAAUAAAGCUGGCUAUGUUCCCAUGGUAGAGAUUGAUCUGCAUGAUGUGGAACCAAGUGAAAAGGAGCGGCUUUUAUACCACCACAGUGAGAAACUAGCAGUGGCUUUUGGCUUGAUUGCUACUCCACCGGGAGCUACCAUUAGGGUGAAAAAAAAUCUUCGAGUCUGUGUGGACUGCCAUACAGUGUUCAAGUUCAUUUCAAAAAUUGUCUCAAGGGAAAUUAUAGUAAGAGACAUAAACAGAUUCCACCGUUUUAGAGGUGGUUCAUGUUCCUGUAGAGAUUAUUGGUAGUAUUUUCCUGAGUUAACAGUAUUCUUUGCCCUCCUGCUGAGGAAUAUUGAAGAACUGUUACAAGCCUCUUUCUCUCUUAAUUAAUUUAAAACAAAGAUUUUCUGUACCACA